GAAGAAGCACCCAUUAAUAAAGCAAGGAAUUUUGGCUCGAAAACAACUCUCGAAAAUGACGCCACAAUGCCGGUUGUGUGGAGAUUUAAUAUACACCCAAAAUCCAGUAAGCAUAUUCGAUAAGCGCAGUAAAACGGUCAGGCAAAUCGCUUUGGUGACGGGCGUUUGGCUCACUGAUCAUUCGAAGCUGCCCAGAUAUAUGUGCUCCUGCUGCCUGCUGAGCCUGAAAAGCGCCAUUGCCUUCAGGCACGUCUGCAUCAAGACCAACAAUCGGCUGACGAUCCAGCGUCGAAGCCUGGAACUGGAAGCCAAAGAUGACGCCUGCUGGGAUGAUCCGCUGAGCGACGCGCACGAGGUGCUGAAAAUCAACAAUGCGGAAGUCGAGCAGGAAGUGCUGUACGAGGAGUCCUAUGCGGAUAAGGAGGGACUGGAGGAGGAGCACGAUAUGUACAAGAAGGAGGAGGAGGAUGAGCAGGAGGAAUUUGUGGAGAAUGACCGCUAUUUACCCGACGAUGAGGAGAUGCUGGAGGAUGAGCGAGAGACACAGCAAGAUGAUGAGGAUAUGGUGGAUAAAAAGAAAGCAAGGGACGAUGAGGAGGAGUCUCAGCAAAAUGAGGAGUCACAGCAAGAAGAGGAGGAGUCACAGCAAGAUGAGGAGGAGUCACUGCAAGAUGAGGAGGAUUCACAGCAGGAUGAGGAGCAUUCACAACAGGAUGAUGACGACGAGCUUUGGAAAAACGAAGAUGACGACUACGAUACAGAUGAUGAUGAUGAUGAUAUAUCAUAUACCCCAGGCAAACCUCUUCAAUCGGACCUCAAGAAAGAUAAAAAGCCGCCUCGAAAAUACACUAGAAAGUCACUAAAAUCCGAAUCAUCUCCCAAAAACGAAGACACCGACUUUCUGAAACCUGCGAAAAAAAAAAGAAAAACAUAUGUAAGCCAAAAGGUCCACGUCUGCGAUCAUUGCGGCAAGAAAUUCACCGACAAGGGCAAUUUCAACCUGCACGUGCUUAGGCACUCUGGCGUCAAGCCCUUCGAGUGUCCGGAAUGCGGCCAAAAGGAGUUCAACAGGUACAUCCUGAACAUUCACAUUCGGGUGAAGCACCGCGGAGAAAAGCCCUACGCCUGCCAAUUCUGCGGCGAGCAAUUCGUACACAGUACUAUGCGAUCUCGCCACGAAAACCGGGUGCACCGGAAUAGAAAGACACCAAAGAACUUCAAGUGCAAUUACUGCGACAAGCGAUUCGAGUCGAACUACCAGAGGGCCAAGCACGAGGUCGUCCACACCGGCGAGCGCAACUUCCACUGCGAGGUGUGCAAAGUGUCCUUCACGCGGAACUCGAACUUGAAGACCCACUACCGAUCCAGGCUGCACCAAAAGAGGGAGACCGCAGCGAGUGUUAAGUCCGAGAACGAUUCCAAAAAGAAAUGAGGUACAAAUAGUU